AUGGCGACUUCAACAGCUACUGAUGAGAAUUCCACACUCUUUAAUUACACUGCCGGAAGAUGGUUAUAUAACGAGUCUGCACAGAACGCAGCUCGCUUCGUGCCUUUCAACAUCGAGGCUGCUUCCGCGGUUGUAUGUGAGGCGGUCGGUGCUGCUAGCGUCGAUACCUUCCAGAAAAUUGGAGAAGGCGCUCAAAACAGGGUAUUCUUGUUACAUUGCAGUAAUGGAAAGGAAGCUGUAUUACGCAUUCCCUUCGGCCUCGCUGGCUGUGGGUACUCCACAGUCGCAAGCGAGGUGGCUACGACAGAGUUUUCACGGGAGGUCCUUGGAUUGCCUGCACCUCGUGUAUUGGCCUGGUCUGGGGAUGCCACAGGCAAUAACAUCGGCGCUGAAUACAUGGUGCUCGAGAAGAUGGACGGUGUUACGCUCGACUAUCACUGGCCAUCUCUCAAAACAGGCGAUCAACUUAUGGGCGCGCUGCAGCAGCUGUUCCAGUGGGAAAGUGCAUUCGACAAAGCUCCGUUUUCUCAGUUCGGAAGCCUCUAUUUUGCUCAGGACGUGGAGCCUUCCCUACGGAGUCGACAGUUGUUCAGGGAGGGUGUUCCACUUGACGAAAAGCUGAAAGCCGCUUCGGAGAAGUACCGAAUAGGGCCUCUGGUUCAUGAACAGUGGUGGAGGAGAUGCCAUCGCCAGCUGAAGGUCGAUCGUGGCCCAUGGCCUGACGCAUCUUCAUAUUACUUGACAGCUGCCAAAAUCGAAUUGGCUCGCCUCGACCACUCCGAGUCUUACGACGUUGCCAUGGGUCGACUGCCUUACCUUGCUACGGACUUGUACACGAAGUUGAUCAAGGUAUACAUGCGGACCAUCCCAGUACUCCUGAAAAUGUUUCCCGAAGAAUUGAGCCGCCCGACAAUCUGGCACCCGGAUAUCAAUGAUCGCAACCUCCUGGUGACCACCGAACCUGAUAUCAAAAUAUGUGGCAUCAUUGACUGGCGGAACGCCAUCGUUGGUCCCUAUUUUUCGCAGAGCGUCAUUUCCAGGGACUUCGUGUAUGCAGGGAACCUACUGCCCAUCCCCGAGGAGAUCGAGAUACCCAAGGAGCUGCCAGAUAUGUCCGGUCGUACUCUUGAAGAGCAGAACACUCUCCUCGGCCAUUACCUCUUACUUUUCAGAUACAAGGCAUAUCAGUGGCUUAUAGCAAACAAUGACCGGCGUCGCGCUUUCACUGCGAUCUCCGUGCCACGGGCGUGGGAGUUAGAUAUACUCCCCCUUCUCGUGCUUGGCUCUGAUAGGGAGUCCACGUUCAGACUCUUCGACGCUCUCAUGUCUAUAAGAGAUGACUGGGACAUGAUUCCAACUCUCGCCGGCGAGCCAUGCCCGAUAGAAUUCUCAGCGGACGAGCUCAAUGCCCUCUGUGAAGGUACCUUACGGUGGACCGUUUACAAUCACGCCGUACGAAAGCUCGCCGAGCGGCUGCAUGCCGGUGUAGACGGCCUAGUUUCCCAUAAAGACUAUGCGAAUGUUAAGGCUGAAUGUGAUCGAUUACGAGAUGAGUGGGACGAGGAGGAUAACUGUGGCCCCUUCCCCUAUCAGGAUGGCAUGUUUUCCUUCUACAUAUCGUGA